AUGGGUGGUCCCCUCCAGUUCCUGAGGAGCAUCUACGACCUCGACAAUCUCGAUACGCGCUUCACAAACUCUUCCUCCGUUCCCUACAAGACCGUUAUAGAGGCACGAAGCGAUCCCGCGCUGGGCAAAGAAUCGUCGAGCAAAAUCCGCGCCCGCUCGCAGCCCUCAAAAUGGAACACUCCAGAGUACUGGGUCUAUGUGAUAUACAUCGCAGGCAUUGUCCCAUACAUGUUCUGGGUCGCCUAUGAUGUAUCGAAGCCUGCCGACUACAGAUACCACAACUAUGAGCACUUCCUCUCCGACGGCUGGAUCCCAGGGCGCAAGAUCGAUGUCUCCGACUCGCAAUACCAUACCUUCCGCCAGAACCUCCCCUACAUGGCCCUCCUCCUGACCUUCCACCCCCUCCUCCGAAAGCUCUGGAACGCCGCCUUCCCGAUCCCGUCAGACCUACAUAAGAAGUCCGCGACAGAACAAGGCGACGCCCGCCUCGAGCAACGAGCCUCCUUCGACUAUCGCUUCGCUCUCGUCUUCCUCGUCGCCCUGCACGGCUUCUCCGCGCUCAAGGUCCUCGCCAUCCUCCGCCUCAACUACAUGCUCGCGACCCGCCUGCCGCGCCGCUACGUCCCCGCAGCCACUUGGAUCUUCAAUGUCUGCAUGCUCUUUGCCAACGAGCUCGCCCAGGGCUACAAGUUCGGCGCCAUGGCGCGGCACAUCACGCCGCCUCCCGUCCAUAGGGACCUCCUGACAGAAGACCCAUUCCUCGUCCGAUGGGGUGACUGGAUGGACUCCUACGGCGGUUUGAUGGGUCGCUGGGAGAUCCUGUUCAACAUCACCGUCCUGCGUCUCAUCAGCUUCAACCUGGAUUACUACUUCAGCCUUGAACAGCGCGGCGGCAGCGCUCUAGAGAAGAAGCAACUCGACCCCGCCAAUCUCUCCGAACGAGACCGACUCGCCAUCUCCGCCGCCCCCGAGGACUACUCCUUCCGCAACUACCUUGCCUACGCAAUCUACGCGCCCCUCUACCUCGUCGGCCCCAUCAUGACUUUCAACGACUUCGUCUCCCAGCUCCGCCACCCCCCGGCCUCUGUCGAGACCGGCCGCACUCUCCGCUACGCCAUCCGCUUCGUCCUCGUUCUUCUCGCCAUGGAGCUCGUCCUCCACUACGACUACGUCUGCGCCAUCUCAAAGGCCGGCCCCAACUGGUCAACCUACACCCCCGCCCAGCUCUCCCUGCUGUCCUACUUCAACCUCCACAUCAUCUGGCUCAAGCUCCUCCUCCCCUGGCGCCUCUUCCGCCUCUGGGCCCUCCUCGACGGCGUCGACCCCCCGGAGAACAUGCUGCGCUGCGUCUCUAACAACUGGUCCCCCAAGUCCUUCUGGAAGGCCUGGCACAGGUCCUACAACCGCUGGCUUAUCCGCUACAUCUACAUCCCCCUCGGUGGCGCAAACUUCCGCUCCUGGGCCUCCACCGUCCGUUCCAUCGCCACCUACCUCCUCGUCUUCACCUUCGUCGCCCUCUGGCACGACAUCCGCCUGCGCCUGCUCAUCUGGGGCUGGCUCAUCGUCCUCUUCCUCCUCCCCGAGGCCUUUGCCCAGAUGCUCUUCCCCGCCAGGAAGUGGGAGAACAGGCCGAACCAGUACCGCUGGCUCUGCGGCGCCGGCGCCGUCGCGAACGUGCUCAUGAUGAUGACUGCCAACCUCGUCGGUUUCGCGGUCGGCUUAGACGGUCUGCAGAGCAUUCUGCACGGCAUUCUGCAUGAUUGGUCAGGCGUCAUGUUCUUCGUGACGGCUUGCUCGGCAUUAUACGUCGGCGUACAAGUCAUGUUUGAGAUACGCGAGUCCGAGAUGAGGAGAGGCAUCUCACUGAAAUGCUGA